UGCCCCACAAAAGUAUAACCAAAACUCUCAUCCAUCAGUUGGGUUAGUUAUACCUCACGGUACAAGCGGCAGUUGCGCCAAGAAUCACGAACCAAAUUCAUUCACGCCCAACAUUUUCAUUACCAAUAUUUGGGCAAUACCACUUUCUUUAUUAACACUAAAUUGUUGUGCCAUAAUAACACUCUUUCACAUCCUGUAAUAAUUACACUAAUUACACAUUAAUUAAUACUAAUCGAAAUUAUUAGAUAAAUCAAAAGGGUGGUGUAUAAAUAUAGCAUUUAUUCCCUUUAUUUCACCACAAAUUAAGCUACGUACGUGCUCCCUUUAAAUUUUCCCUCUUCUCUCUUCAAAGAAUAUCAACCUUCACAAGAUAUACCACUUCUUCAUCUCUCUCUCUCUAGAUCUCUCUCUCUCCUCUGUUCUUGCAGGACAGGAGAGAGAUCGAAAUGGAAUUUGCUCAAAAAUAAACUCUUCAAAUACUUUCCUUUCAGAAUUUCUCGUAAUCGUUUUUUGAUUCUCCGCUGCAAUCAUGCAAGAAAUCCAGAGUAACAAAGAGAAACAUCUCAAAGAAGAUGCUGCAAAAGAGAAUCAUCAACAAACCACAGAAGAUUCCUUAAUCCGAAACAAAUACGAGGAAUCUUCCGACACGAACGAGACGAAAAAUCAAGAAACCGACGAUGAAUCCUCUCCCAGGGGCGUUCUGGAGAUACCCAUUACGGGUUCGGGCUCGGGCUCGGAUUCGGAUCAGGGCAGCAGUGCUAUUGACCGGAGCGGAAGUUUCGGGAGCGAGAAAUCGACGGCGGCUGAGAGUGGGGUUGCGAUGGCAUGGGAUAUGAGCUACGGCACGGCGCUGCAAUGGAAGAAAAUGUUCGGCCAGAUGAAGAAAAAGACUCCCAUGAAAUUCUCGACUAUUCCUUUGCUCGCAGGAUACGGUUACGAUCUGUCCAAGAAGGCUUUCCGGCGGCCGCUUGGCCGGAAUCACAGCGCCGCCGACGCUAUCGAUUGUGGGGAGUUUGUUGUGCCUAAGCCUUCUUGGAGGAACUUCACUUAUGAGGAGCUUAAGCAAGCUACUGACGAUUUUAGCCCUGAGAAGUUAAUUGGGAAAGGGGGGCAUGCUGAAGUGUACAAAGGGCUCUUACCAGACGGCCAAGUUGUAGCCGUGAAGAAAAUAAUCAAACAACAAAAGAACGACGAAGAUAAAGUUGGCGACUUCUUGUCCGAACUUGGAAUCAUAGCUCACAUCGACCAUCCAAAUACUGCCAAAUUAAUCGGCUUUAGUGCCGAUCGUGGUUUGCACCUUGUUCUCAAGUUCUCUCCACACGGAAGCCUCGCCACCGUAUUACAUGGUUCCGACGAGAAUUUGGAAUGGAAAAUAAGGUAUAAGGUGGCUAUAGGUAUUGCCGAAGGGUUGCAAUAUCUGCAUUGCGACUGCCAAAGACGUAUAAUACAUAGAGAUAUAACGGCCUCGAAUAUAUUACUCUGCGAAGAUUAUCAACCUCAGAUAUCCGAUUUCGGACUAGCAAAAUGGCUACCGGAGAAAUGGUUGCACCAUGUCGUUUCUCCAAUUGAAGGCACUUUUGGGUACAUGGCUCCGGAAUAUUUCAUGCACGGUGUAGUUCACGAGAAGACCGACGUGUUUGCCUUUGGAGUUCUCUUGCUUGAGCUUAUAACGGGUCGUCGAGCAGUUGAUUCUAGCCGACAAAGCCUUGUGAUGUGGGCAAAACCACUUCUGGAGAAGAACAACGUCAAAGAAAUAGCGGAUCCUAAGUUAGGAGAAGAUUACGAAGUUAUAGAAAUGAAACGUGCAAUGUUUGCAGCUUCGAUAUGCAUACACCACUUACCCAACAUGCGGCCGAACAUGACUCGAGUUGUUCAGGUGUUAAGAGGUGAGCAUGAAGCAGUAGACAUGAAGCAAAAGUCGAUGGGAAUGAGAGCGUUGCUUUGGGACUCGUGUGACUUGGAGGACUACACUUCUACCACGUACCUUAAGGACUUAAGUCGACAUAUGGAACUAGUUAUGGAGUAAUCCGUAAUUAUCUAUAAAAAAAAAUCGGGGAUAUUUUUUUCCUCGUGAAAAAGAUCGAUGGAUUGAACUUCUAAUUACUCUGAUCUAGUAAAAGGGUAUUAUGGAAAGUGUAUUUAGUUUUUAUGCAAUUGUUUUUUUAAUUUUUUGGUUUUUUUGUUUUUGUUUUUCUUAUUAUUAAUCUUCAAGUGUUGUUGCUUGCCUACUAUGUAGUAGCUGAGAAGAAAAGUGGUGCUAAAAAUAUUUAUAAAUAGAGUAUAUAUAUCAAAGAGUAGUAGUAAUUUUAAAUGUC